CUUCAAGCAGGAGCAGCAGCGUAAUGAACUUGUUGCUGCGGUGGUUUUACAGAGGAGCUGGCUUUACACACACUUUUUGUGUUGACUUUGACGGAUGUCUGGGAAGAUAUUUAAAGUAUCUUCGGUGACAAGACGACACGAAGCACAAUAAGAUAGGCUGAGGAGAUAAUUUAAAGGAGAAGAGCAUGAGCACACGGUCUUCUGCCCAAAGGACCCCGGUGGACCACGGCGUCCAGAUCCGCUUCAUCAAUGAGCUCGGUGAUGCCGGAGGAGGGCAGCCGCUGUCCCAGCCGAAGGCCAAACCUCAGUCCAAAUAUGGCGUAGCGGUCCGGGUGCAGGGGAUCGCCGGGAUGCCGUAUGUGGUCCUGAAGGAUGGACAAAAGGGAGACUCCUACGGGGUCCAGCUGAGGCCCGGCUACUCCUCUGGCUACAGCAGCCUUCCCCGGAGGAAGGAGAAGCCAGAGGUGGGAGCAGAGCAGGGAGAUGUAGGAGGAGGAGGAGGAGGAGGAGGGGGAGGCCAGCCAGGGCCGCUCCGCCGAGCUCAGUCUCACGGCUCACUGCUAGACAACGACGGAGGUGGCAGCAGUGAGGAUUUUCAGCUGUCUAGACCCCCUGGGGAUGGGAAGUCUGGUAGCUAUGGGAAUCUGGAUGGAGGGAUCGGAGUGAGGAGAGACAGAGAGGAGGUUUGGGGCGUCAGCGGUAGAGAAGGGGUUUCUGACAGCAAUACGUGGGCUAGUUCUCACCAGGUAGGGCCUGAGAAGUCAUCAGUUAGGAACAAUCACUCAUACCCUGAACCUCGGCAACAAGCUAACGAGCCUCCCCCGUAUCGGAAGCCGAGUCCCGUCAACAGACUGAUCAACAGGUUUGACGGUGCGACAACUGGGAGCCAGCAGAGAGGACUGGCACCAGCACAACAGCAUCCCAGAACUACGUCUCCUCUCCUCCCAAAUCCUUACACUUCGCCUCCAUCCUCCGCUCACAGCAGCUCGGGACAAGGCCAGACUCUGGGUUCCAGAGUCCCUGGGCCCUCAGCCAAUCAGUGGGCCCCAGAGGAACCUCGACAUGUGGAUCUGACAGAAGCACAAGUGACCCCUGACCUUUUGCUGGACCAGGUUCAGUGUGCAGAGAUGAGCUUUGAGGAGGAGCAGGUCAUGACGACUGUGUACAACAUCCUGAGACAGGGUUCUUCUGAGAGUGAUGUUGUCAUCAGGAACAAAGUCAAAACAGUUUUUCAGAAGUUUCAGAGCAUAAUGCCUAAGGAAAGCAAUCGGGAAGAGUGGAUAAGAGAAAAAAGGGAGCUGGAGACAAAGGUGGCCCAACUGCAGACGGCCCUGCGCGAAGAAAGGAGGGACUCCGCCAGCAGCUCUGAUGCCGCUCUGAAAGCUGAGCUCGAGUCCUGCCUGGACGAUAAUCUGCAGCUCCAGGAGAUGCUGGACCGGAAGAAGAAGGAGUUAAACGAAACGCAGUCAGAGCUGACUCAGCUGCGUAUGGACAGAGAGAACGCAGAAACCCGGGUCAGGGAGAUGGAGGACCACCUGGCGGAGCUUCAAGAUGAGCUGCGGAGAGAAAGCAGCAGUAAGACGGACCUGAUAUCCAGUCAAGCACAACUGAUGGAGGUCUGCCAGCUGAAACAGAAGCUGGAGGAGACACUCAGACAAAGAGAGAGGGAGCUCACGGCGUUGAAAGGCGCUCUAAAGGACGAGGUGGCAACGCACGACCGAGAGACGGAAGCGCUGCGAGAGCAGUACAGAGCGGACAUGGAGAAGCUCCGCAGCAGCAUGGAGCAGGUGUCUCAGUCUCACGCGGGAAUCGAAGCCGAGCGGCUGCGUGUGAACGCGUCGGUUCGCACCUUACAGCAGCAGCUGGAGGACUGCAGAGACGAGAGCAGCCACUGGAUGGAGCAGUUUCACGCCACCAGAGACGAGCUUCGAAGCGCCAAACAAGAAGAGCCAGCCAGCAGCUAUGAAACACAGCUUCUGCAAAUCCGUCUGGAGAAAGAGGAAUCUGAGGAUGAGCUAAAGGAGCUUAAGGAGAAAAUGAGCACCAUGAAGCAGAAGACAGCAGACCCCAGCCAGUCAGAGGCGCUCAACCAGGAGCUCCAGCGGUGCAGCGCUGAUCUGCAGAAGGCCAGGUUAGAGCUGGAGAAGCAGAGGACGGAGUAUGACAAGAAGGUCAUGGAAACAAUCUCCCUGAAAAAGUCUCACCAGAACCAGGAGGCUGAGCUAAAGUACGAGAUCGACAGGCUGAAGGACCAGCUACAGAAGGCCAAAGACGACUAUGCAAAGGCACAGGAGAAAAAUAAGCAGCUCCCCAGCCCAGCAACCAUCUCAGAACUGGAGCAAAAGCUCAGUGAGGCACAAAGAGAAGUGAGCCAGCUUAAAGCGAAACUCUCUGGAACUGAAGAGGAGCUGGAAACCACUAAAACAGGUCUCUGUAAAGCUCAGAUGGAAGUUACUGCUCUCCAAGACGCUCAGAGGGACCAGGAGGCGGCUAACAGCCGGCUCAAAGACAAACUCUCACGAUUAGAGGCUCAGCUGCAGAGCACAGCUACAGAAAGCUCCGAGGCGGAGCUCGCCCUGCACACCGAGGUAAGAGGCCUCAGAUCUGAGCUGGAUGAGGCCAAGAGAAAAGCUUCCAGGCUGAGCCAGGAGCACCGUGAUCUCAGCCUACGUGUGGAGGACACAGAGCGGGACAGAGAAACGCUCAAACAGACCAUCAGCCAGCUGGAGGACACCAAACGGCAGCAGGAGAAAGCCAUGGAGAAACUCAGCAAAGAGUACGAGACUCUGAACACAACCUCAAAAGCAGAGAUCCAGGAUCUCAAGGUUCAGCUUGAGGAGCAAAGGGAGCGAACACGAAAGGAGGUGCAGGAGGCCCAACGUCAAGGAGUCGACACAAAAUCUGAGCUGGAACGAAACCAACUGAGUUUAAGGCGACUGGAGGAAGAAAUGUUGCGGCAGAAGAAAGAGCUUCAACUUGCAUGCGAGGAGAGAGACAACCACCAGCUGGAUAAGGAGCUUCUCACCAACAGACUGCGCCACCUAGAGGGAGAGAUAGAGGCCAGCAAAAACGGCCUCAAUGAGAAAACGCGUGAAAUUCGCCUGCUGGAGGACAAGCUGAAGCGUAUGGAGUUGGAGCUGGAGGAGGAGAAAAGCUCCGCGGAGAUGCUGACGGACCGAGUGUCCAGGAGCAGAGACCAGAUUGAUCAGCUGCGCUCUGAGCUCAUGCAGGAGAGAUCCUCCAAGCAGGACCUGGAGCUGGAUAAGAACGCCAUGGAGAGACACCUGAAGGAGCUGAGGAACCGUGUGGCUGAGAUGGAGGGUCAGUCUCGCUCCUCAGCAGGAGUUUCUCAGCUGGAAAACAAGAUUCAGGAGCUGGAGGACCGCCUACGAACUGAGGAAAGAGAGAAGAACUCCAUGUUGUCGUCACAACGUCGACUGGAGAGGAAACUGAAGGAGCUCAACAUGACCCUGGAUGAGGAGAGAGAAACACACACUGAACAGAGAGAUCAGCUUACCCUGAGGGUGAAGGCUCUGAAGAGGCAGGUGGACGAGGGAGAGACGGAGCUGGAGAGGAUUGAAACGCUGAGGAGGAAAGCCCAGAGAGACAUGGAGGAGCAAAUGGAGCUCAAGGAUGCACUGCAGGCCAGAGUCACCGCUUUGGAAACGGAGCUCAAGAGGAAAACUCAAGCCUCGAUGCGGCCGGCUUUGGAUUCAUCGGCCCUCAGCUCAGACGACGACGACGACAGCCUGUACGACCCCUCCGCUAUCACCUCAUUCCUCACAGAGAGCAACCUCCAGACCAGCUCUUGCUAAGGGUUACCUCCGUGGGCAGAACAGAACAAGAGGUGGACAUUAUAACACCGAUGAGAACAAUAAACGAAGGGGAGGCGUGCGUAGACUGGGGGCGGGGGUGGGGGAAUGUUAGACGAGCGCUUGGAACGCACAGCAAACAAUGAGGGAGGACGACCAGGACCGAAGCGACACAUUGUAGAGCUGAAGGUUGGGAGUAAUUUUUCCAGCCCAGCAUGAAUGUAAGGAAACAAAACAUUCCCAGCAGUUAGAGGAAUUUCCCUCAACCCCCCUCCCCCCCAUGUCAUGCACACAAUACAUGACCUUACAUAAGGUACUGCUGAAGGUACUCCAGCAUAUGCAGCUUGGACCGCCACUGAACACCAGCCCACUUUAAUGCUUUUUUUUUUUUGAGUUUAUGUUUAGAACAAAUUCAGGAUGUUGGACCAUUUCAGAGCUGCUUCGCUUCUGAAGCACUUUGCACUUCGAAUUCACUCAUCUCUCUUUUUACUACCACUUAAAAGGUUUUUCUACUGCGGUUUCCAGUCCAGAUGUCAUCAGAUCAAACCUACAUUACUAAGUCAUUACUAAGUAAAUUGUAGUCAUUAUCACAGCAGCGGUGGAAGAGACUGUAGAAGUGGUGGAGAUUCUUCCUGAUAAGCUUCACAACGGUUUGCGAGAGCUUUCUGCUGCUGCAGACGUAGUUAUCCAUGACCAGGCAUGGGCCGGUGUCAGAUUCUUGUGGUAUGAUAACUUAAAGUAAAUAUAUGUAGUAUUUAUUUAAACAGAACAAUAUAAUAUAAUAAAAAGAUAGAAAAUAAUUAUUCAUACAAAGGCUAAACAACGUGACAUAUGGAUUAUUUAUUUUGAUUUUGAUGAAAAUACUUCAGCAAGAAUAUCAAAUAAAGACCCAUUGGAUUAAAGGUUUUUCAUGGUUUAUUACAGCGUUCCUACGCAGCAUAGCAAAAACUGGGAGUCACCUUUAUUUUCCAGGACUGUGUGGGGGAAAAAAUAGAAUUGAAGCUUGAUAAAUGUAGAUUUUACAUUGAUUGAUAUUUUCAUUACAAGCUCAAUCUUUAAUCUUUCACAUCACAAUUUGGGUUUACAAUGUUGUCUGAGUCUUUUGCUUUUUGGUUGAGUGCCUUUAGAAAUCAAUAGAGGGCCACUUUGCUACUUUUUAUGGGGAACCUUUAAAAUCUGGAUGAACUGGACCUAUUGUUUUUCAACUGAGUCUUGUUAAAAUACUAAACAAAGGUCUAAAACAAAAUUACAAGCAGGAAAAAAGUGUCCAAAGAUCACCACACAGUCAGCUGCUUUAUAGACACGACACUUAUGACUAGUUAUCUUGUGAAACUGUGUCACCAUAAAAGCAGUGAUCUCCUUUAGUUUCCACUCUCUAUGACUCUCUGUGGUAUAAACAGCCAACUAUAUCUUCCUUGUAAGCAAGGGAAAAGUGAAGGAGCCUUCUUUCAGCCAGCUGACAAGGUGUGUGCAGCAAUAAACCGAAUUAAUGGUACAACUUGUAGUUUUGCAACUUUGAUACCGUAACAUUUUAAAACCUCAGUUGUCCUUGACACCCGUAACCUCACCAUGCCUUUUCAUGACUAAAUCAUCUCUAUUGUGUUUUCCCAGCUUAUUUCAGAGCAGUUCAGUUAGCACCUUGAACAAGAAGGGGCCAGUGGAAAAGUUGAGACAAUUUCUACCCAAACCGCUAAAAUCAUUCGGUCACUUUCAUCAGAAUCAUCAGUAGUGCUCGUACCUUCUAGGAGCUCCUGAACAGCAGCACCGCCAUUGCCUGGUUGGAUUCUGGACACCAGGAAACUGUUGUCACACGUGAAACUGCAGCAGAUGAUUUUUACUUAUCAAGCUAAUCAAACAUAAUAAAUUCAUAAAAUCACAUUUGAAUGAGACUGCCGCGUUAUGUUCACUAAAAACACGUGACAUAUUGUUUGUAUCUAUGUUUUGGAAAUGGAAAAAUAGCUAGUUUGAAAUAAGAUGUUGCUCCACCUUCCAGUCUUAAUCUGCUCAUAACACAGAAGGGCUGAAGAUACGACCGCUGCCCCCCCGUUGGAUUAUACUGUUGUGUAAUUAGGUAAAUUAUACAAUCGUCCUGCAGUCACUGAGGUCAGAAUCACCUGCUGUGUCUUCUCUUGCCGUCCCCGAUUUGUUGCUCAAAGUGCAACAGGUUUAACGUGCCUGCAGGCAGAACGAAUUUCCUUCUCUUGGACUGAGAGCCCAAAUAAAGUGGUUUUCCUCUUGCAAUGGAAAAAAAGGCCAAAACUUCAUCUGCCAACUACAAAUUUCUGUAUUUUUGUAAAGGCAGCUUAAUUACUAUGCAUUCCUAUGUAUUAAGACAGUGAAACAUUUAUAUAUAUAUAUACUGCCAUGCCUUUCAAUUGUGAACAAAUAACUUGUGAUUAUUAUUUUUUUCUUUGUCUUUGUUUUUUUGAAACUAUUUUGUUUACCCUUUUAAACAAUUGGUUGUUGAUUAUUAAAUUUAAUGCUUGUACUGGCAUUUUCAGUUAAUCUGGAAAAAAAGGUACCGAAUGAUUUGUUCAAUGUAGAGGAAUGAAAACAUUCUGGUUUUAUACGAUACUUGUUAACUGGAAACAUUUUCCACUUACUGCACUUCACAAAAUAGAUGUUUUAGUUUUCUAUUAUCGGGUAAUUUAGCUACAAUAAAUAUUAUGUUUAAA